CUUCAUGAUUUUCUGUCGGAUUUUGACUUGCAAUGCUAACCUUAAAUAUUUAUAGUUGUGAUCUUAAGUUAUUGUACAAAGUGCAAUUUAUGUAUUAGUAAUAUAUUUUAAAAUGACAGAGAAAGUGAAAACCAUGAGUCACGUAAAACAUAUUCCAAAGGAUGCCCAAGUAAUAAUGUCAAUUAUGAAAGAUAUGGGAAUUACAGAUUACGAGCCGAAAGUUAUAAACCAGUUGCUUGAAUUUACGUAUCGUUAUGUUACUUGCAUAUUAGAUGAUAGUAGAAUUUAUGCGAAUCAUGCAAAAAAGAAAUUCAUCGAUUUGGAUGAUGUUAGAUUAGCAGUUAAGAUGCAAUUAGAACGUACAUUUACAAAUCCACCACCAAGAGAUGUAUUACUAGAUGUUGCUCGGACAAAAAACAAUAUUCCACUUCCAUUUGUUAAACCAAGUAAUGGUCUCAGGUUACCUCCUGAUAGAUAUUGUUUAAAUGCAACAAAUUAUAAACUAAAAAAUGCAACAAAGAAAGUGGUUGGAAAACCAUUGCAUUCUUUAGUUGGAAAUAAUAUUCAAGGUGGUCAAUCUAAAAUCAAAGUUGAAAGCAAUAAAACUGGUCUUUCUAUUGUCAAAAGACCGGGAACUCUUGCAACGGUUGCUAGAACUCAAACUAUUUCAAUGCCGAAGCCUGUCCUGAAAUUUUCAACAGCCACAGCAGGAGCAGCUACAGUAAAGGCACAAGUAGCUAAGCCAAAAAUACAAAUUUCCUCAGGACAAGCAAUGCCUCCUGUUAAAAUGGAAGUAGAAGAUUCUAUGAAAAGAAAAAGAGAAGAUGACGACUAUGACGUACCAUAAUAAUAAACAAUAAAUGCUAAAU